ACCGAUGGCUUUGGAGGCGUCCGCAGUAACCUUCGUCGUAACAGGCUUCUCUAAGUUUAGCGGCGUUGAGGAUAACCCAACUGAGCGGCUGGUGGAGUGGCUACAGCAGCAGGUUGACACGGGCGUUUCUGCAUUUGGACCAGGAGUUGAGAUCCACAGCACCUCCAUACUCCGGGUGGCGGCUGAGGAUGUGGACUCCUACCUGUCCUCCCUACCGCAACACUUUCCGGUACCACGUCACUCUCGGCCGCAACAGCACCCGCAGCCGCUAUCACACCAGCAGCAGGCCCCUAAGCCGCCGCCAUGUGGUGGCCAGCAGCUUGCACUCCCGACUCACGUUGACAUCCAGGAGGCCAAUCCAUGGCCCGAACCAGUAGCCGCCCCCUUGAUCCCACCUGCACAUCCUCUGCAACCGCUCCCAGCACCUCUGCUGUCCACUCCUCCUGCCGCUGCUGCGGAUGCGCCUGCUGCUUCCGUACGACAAUCCCCAGCUCCAACUCAGCAGCCACAACAGCCUCCGCCUCCACCGCAGAAUCACCACAACCACCAUCGAAACCCCCACCAGCAGGAGCCCGUGGUGCUGUUACAGCUGGGAGUAGCUUACAACGCAUCCGAGUAUCGCCUGGAGUCCCGAGCCUACAACUGUGCGACCUUCCGCGUACCUGACGAGCGCGGCUGGCAGCCGCAGCAACAGGAGCUCGACCCCGGGUUGGGGCUGGGUUGCUGCGUGGGCUCCAAUCUACCGCUGAUGACCCUGAAGGAGCGGUUGGCUGCUGCGGGGCACCCAGUAGUGGUUUCGGAGGAUGCCGGGCGGUUCGUUUGCAACUGGACGUACUACCGGGCUUGCAGGCUGGCGGAGGAGCGGCGGGGAUGGCAGGCGCUGUUUGUGCAUGUGCCGCCCUUUGAGGUGUUUGGGGAACAGGCGCAGCGGCGGUUUCUGUUGGACGUGAUUCGCGGCAUUGCGGAGGAAUUGUUGACGCAGCAGCAGGGCCAGUUGGCGGGGUGAGGAUGGCUAAUGGCGUGCGAGAGUUUGAACAGCGCUACUUCCGGGUCUGUGUGGUUAUCAGUUACACUUGCCUGGGCGAUUGGACACGGUUAAUGCAGCAGAUGGUACUCUAGCUGGCUGGCAAAUCGGAGGAGCAUCGAGUAAUGAUUGUUUAUUUACCAGUAUUGUUGGCUGGAAGACCUCCAACCGGAACCUAACGGGUAAGCGUUGUGAUGUAUGGAGGACACACAUCGGACACAUGCCGACAUAAGGCGCUGCAGCUUUCCUUAUGAGCACUGUACCGCAGCUGGGUAUGCUAGCAUGUUAAGAGUCUUGAAUGCGCUGGGCCACUGGUCGAUGGGCCACUGUGGGCGCUGCUGCCAACUACUUCGCAUUGGCAAAUGCCUGCCAGCGGAAG